AUGCUCGGCAAGUGUCCGUGGAAGGCAAGCCGACGCCUCGACACGUCAGCGUCCUUUGCCCUCGACGGCGAUGAAGAAUACGCGUCGCACAGCCUCGUCGCGCUCAGCGCUGCGAUCGAAGCGACGUGGCGCACGCAACUUUUGGGCGAAAACGGCUUGGGCCAUCCGUCGGGGCCACCUGCGUCGCCAGUGCUCGUCACUGCGUCGUCGAGCAGCUUUGAAAUGGGGACGCUCGCGUCAGCGCCGCUCCUUGUGUUUCCGCUAACCGGCGCGGUCGGGCUCGGGCGCUGCGUCAACGGGCGUUGGCACAUGGCAGUGCUUCGACUACCGUCCGCCGAUCGACUCAUUGACCAGUGCAUCUACUCGCGCGACGGGCAGAGCCAGCUCGCUCUUCUCCACGCGUCUGGCUCGGAGCGUACGUUUAUCACCAAGUGA